AUGACGAGCCGUCGCCGUUGCAUGCGGCAGCACCUGACUUGCCCGUUAUGCCUCCUUAUCCUUUGCCACGUGGCAUCCACGUGUCGAGUGUGUCUUCCGCCUAUGUUCUCGGCAGCAGCAAACGGCUCCCCUCCAAACCCUAAUUGGGAGAUCGACUUCGACUGGCUGAGUAACGAGAGCCAAAUCGCCAUGGCGCGAUUCGCCGUGGCACAGCACAACGCCACCAAGGUGAGCAUCGCUUCGCCUCGCCUCGAUUCUCUCCGAGUGCUCUCUUACGACAGCCCUUCUCCCCUUCAUCCCUUCUCCCCUUCAUCCCUUCUCCCCUUCAUCCCUUCUCCCCUCCAUCCCUUCUCCCCUUCAUCCCUGCUCCCCUUCUCCCCGUCUCUCGCCUCUCCACGCCAGAACGACAGCCUACAGCCAGUCGGAGUUCUCUAUGUGGACCGCCCAGACAUUGCCAGCACAGGCAAUGGCAGCGCAGGCAAUGGCAGCGCAGGCAAUGGCAGCGCAGGCAAUGGCAGCGCAGGCAAUGGCAGCGCAGGCAACUCAAGCGCAGGCGGGGAGGAGUACGGCGUGACACUGGCGGCUCUCAGCCUGCUGCGCACUGCCUUCUUCGACGCCCUCCUCUCCCGCCGCCCUCUUGUGGCCGCGCAAUCCGCGCUCCCUGCUGCUGCCCCUCCGCCAGCAGCCUCAGCCACACUGGUAGCCAUAGCAGCAGCAGAAGCAGCAGCAGCAGCAGCAGCAGCAGCAGCAGCAGCAGCAGCAGCAGCAGCAGCAGCAGCAGCAGCAGCAGCAGCAGCAGCAGCAGCAGCAGCAGCAGCAGCAGCAGCAGCAGCAACAGCAGCAGCAGCAGCAGCAGCAGCAGCAGCAGCAGCAGCAGCAGCAGCAGCAGCAGCAGCAGCAGCAGCAGCAGCAACUGCACCCACCCCUGCGGCAGCGUCCGUUGCAGCAGCAGCAACAGGAGGAGGGGAGGGAGGAGGGGAGGGAGGAGGGGAGGGAGGAGGGGAGGGAUGGGAGUACACGUUGAAGUCGUUUGUGGUGCAGGCAGGGUGGGGGCAUGCGAGCACGCGGGAGGAGCAGGAGGCGGCGCUCAGGCACGUGGUGCCGGUGAUCCCCCCUCCGUGUGGCCACCUGUUGACUUUCGUUGACUCCUCAGAUGCUGACGUGCAGCACGUGGCACGAGAGGCGGUGGCGAGUGCGAAUGAGAGGCGGGUGAGCGGUGGGAUGUGGUGGGAUGUGGGAUGGGGUGGGAUGGGGUCGGGUGGGAUGGAGUGUGGUGGGGUGGGAUUCGCCCUUCACAAGGGUCAGCUGGCACACCAUUUCCCUUGGCUUGAGAAGCCCAUGCUCAGACUCAGUACCCACUGUUUUUGA